UGGGAUGGAUCUGGAGAGGGUUGGGAUGGAUCCAGAGGGUUGGGAUGGAUCUGGAGAGGGUUGGGAUGGAUCCAGAGGAGGGUCAGGAUGGAUCUGGAGAGGAUUGGGAUGGAUCUGGAGAUGGUUGGGACGGAUCCAGAGGGUUGGGAUGGAUCUGGAGAGGAUUGGGAUGGGUCCAGAGGCUCAGGAUGGAUCCAGGAGAGGGUCAGGAUGGAUCUGGAGGGGAUUGGGAUAGAUCUGGAGAUGGUUGGGAUGGAUCCAGAGAGGGUUGGGAUAGAUCUGGAGAUGGUUGGGAUGGAUCCAGGGAGGGUCAGGAUGGAUCCAGAGGGGCUUGAGGUGGAUCCAGCAGAGGGUCAGGAUGGAUCCAGGGAAGCUCAGGAUGGAUCCAGAGGGGCUUGGGAUGGAUCUGGAGGAGCUCAGGAUGGAUCCAGAGGGUCAGGAUGGAUCCAGAGGGGCUUGAGAUUAAUCCAGAGGGUCAGGAUGGAUCCAGGGAAGCUCAGGAGGGAUCUGGAGAUGGUUGGGAUGGAUCUGGAGAAGCUCAGGAUGGAUCCAGAGGGGCUCAGGAUGGAUCUGGAGAAGCUCAGGAUGGAUCCAGAGGCUCGGGAUGGAUCCAGAGGCUCAGGAUGGAUCCAGAGGCUCAGGAUGGAUCUGGAGAAGCUUGGGAUGGAUCCAGAGGCUCGGGAUGGAUCCAGAGGCUCGGGAUGGAUCCGGAGGGGCUCCUCAUGGCUUCUCCUCCUGUGCCUGAGCCAGUUCUCCCGACUGGGGCUGAUUAUCCCCCUCUGGAAAACUUUGGGAAGCCCAGCCCAGCCUUGGAAAAGGGGCUUUGGGGGAAUCCAGGGCCGGGAUCCGGGCGGGCCUCGGGAAUUCCCGCCUCGGAGCAGCCCUGGGAAUUUCUCCAGGGAUUUGGGGGCAUUCCAGGCCCUCAUUCCCAAAUUGUGGCAGGGCCGUUGCUCCUCUUGCCAUCCCGGGAUUAUCCACAGGGGGGGGCGUUUCUUUGGGAAUCCGUCGGGAAUCGAGGCCUUCAGGGGCUGGAGUGGAAGUUUGGAAUUCCUUGGGAAUUAA